UCCUUUUUUUAUGCACAGGUAUAUAAUGAAGAAUGGCAUUUUCUGAGGUGACAAAAAAACACAAACCAGUAUUUGACUCUAAACAUUUAACUGUCAAGAAAUCUCAUGCAGCUCCUGGAAUAAAUGAUUUUGAAAUCCUUAAACCAAUUAGCAGAGGGGCCUUUGGGCAAGUCUAUCUUGCGAGAAAAAAAGGUUCAAGAAAAUUGUAUGCAUUGAAGGCAAUGAAAAAAUGCAAUGUGUUGACUAAGAAUAUGAUGGAGCAAGUGGUUGCAGAAAGAGAUGCAUUAGCUAUAUCCUCUAAAAGUCCAUUUGUUGUACAACUGUAUUAUUCUUUUCAAUCAGAUGAGAAAAUUUAUUUGGUCAUGGAAUACAUGAUUGGUGGCGAUAUCAAAUCGCUUCUUCAUAAUUUAGGGUAUUUUGAAGAGCAUAUGGCAACAUUUUAUAUUGCAGAAGUUGUUCUGGCAUUAGAGUACUUGCAUAGUCAUGCGAUAUUUCACAGAGAUAUAAAACCUGACAAUAUGUUGCUCUCCAAUUCGGGUCAUGUAAAGUUAACAGAUUUUGGUUUAUCCUGUUUAACGUCUGAAAGAAAACCUAACUUUAUGGACCUCAUCAAUACCCCUGGCCUAGUGAAUAAAAGUAAUGAGUCAAAUUUAAGCAAGAAAAUUUUCUGGAGGACUCCUGGUCAAUUACAAUCACUUACGAGUAAUUUUACUUUUUCAAUACCCAAAAAAACAGAACCGAAAAAAAGAAAUAUGUCAUCUUUAAGUAUUAUCGCAUCUACAUCAGAGUCUAAAGAUUUUAUCUUUAGCCCACCUCAAAUGUAUACUGAAAACUCUGAUUUUGCCGCAGCUGCAUCAAUGUUGUCUACUCCGCGAAACCCAAGAGCAUCGUUUUCUUCUGAAGUGAGUGACAGUUCAGGUUCAUAUAAAUGUGGAGGGGCUUGCACAGGAUUGACUGCUGACAUUACGUCACUUGCUCUAGAUAUUAUAAAGCGAAAACGAAGUUUCACAGAUUUAGAUCAAGAAAGCGAUGAAAAAGAGAAUUUUGCAAGGGGGACCAUAUACAAACGAGCCAGACUGUACUCUCAAAGUUUACCCUGUGAAUUAGAAACUUCAACAGAUGAUAUUAAGAAUACAAUUGAUGAAUCACUUAAAAUACAUUCUGUACAUUUUGCUGAUCAAGUUCAACAGUGUGGAAAUAAAACCACUGACUCGCCACAAAUUGUUUUAUCAUCUCACAUGCAUAAAAACCCUGAAUUUAAUAAUCUACCAGGAGCGUCUCCAUUACCCCAUGAAAUAUCUACAAACAAUAUCAGUGGUGUGACAGCUCUGACAGAAACAAGCCAUAUGAGUAUAAGUUUGGUGAGUGAGUGUGUUAUGCUUAGUCCUCAUAAUGACAGUCUAAAUAAGGACGAGAAAGAAAAAUUAAAUAAAGCAGUAAAAUUUACACCGUCGCCAUCACAAACUGGUGUCAAUUUCAAAAAAGAUUCUCCAUCAUUGACUCCAAAAAGUGCUGUUGAUCAGGGUCGAAAAAAUUCUGAAUCAAUAAAAACUCCUAUUCAGAUGCUAAGAUUUUGUGAUGGAAUAUCACCAGAAUUAUCUUGUUUUCAAACAGGAACUCCAAAUGAAAUUUCAAAUUAUGUGAAAAAGACUCCUGAUGGAAAUUUGAGUCUUGAAAGCUGUCCUAAUGUUACUCCAAAACAAACACCUUUUCGCACACCAAAAAGUUGCCUUCGUGGAAAAGCCACUCCAGCAGAGCGGAAAAAAAUUCUUGGUACACCAGACUAUUUAGCCCCAGAAAUAUUGCUGGAAAAAAAUUAUGGUGCCCCUGUUGAUUUUUGGGCAUUGGGAGUUUGUUUUUAUGAAUUUUUAACUGGAAUUCCACCUUUCAAUGAUGAUACUGCAGAACUUGUUUUUGAACACAUUUUAGACCGCGAUUUAAUAUGGCCAGAGGGCGAAGAAAGCCUUUCACAAAACUGUGUUGAUUGUAUUGAGGGUUUGUUAACAGUUAAUCCAGAGAUGCGACCAAAACCUGAUACCAUAAAAGAGAUGCAUUGUUUUGAUGGUUUUGAUUGGAAGAAUCUUCCAACAGCUUCUGCACCAUUUAUCCCCCAACCUGAUGAUGUUUAUGAUACAACAUAUUUUGAAGCAAAAAAUGUUGCUAAUAAAUUACUUAUGUCUGCUUUUAAACCUUAAUAUUAAGUUAUAAUUGAAAGUGCAUAAAAACACAAGGUAUUUUUUGUUACAAAAAGCACAACUAUCAAAUUUGAAACUUUAUUAUAAAUAAAAUUUUGUAGAAGCCAAAUCAAACCUUCUUUAAAGCAUCAAUUUUGUAUUUACAAUUGUCAAUGUUAUCAGUUUCUUUGAUUGACUUUGAACCUAGCAUCCUUGUAAAAAAUUAAAUAAAUCUUUAGAGACUUGACGAAUCAUUUUGUUUUGUAUGUUAAAAUCCAAUUGACAUAGUGAGUAUAUUUAAGAUGCCUAAUUUUAGACCUUUUUUCAUCUGUAUGUCCACGCAAGUGAACGCAAUUGUUUUUUUCGCAUUUUUGCACUUUUAGGUUCAAAUAUACAUUUAUUUUGUUGCUGAAUAAUAAUUUUUGGACAGUUCCCCUAAAGUGUUUUGAUGUUUUGUUGGUUUAUAUAUUUAUAAUGCAUUUAAAGGUAAAGGGUCUGCUCUUAUAAAAUGAAGGAACAUCUGGGCUGAACCCCAAAAAUGAAUACAGUACGUGUCUUGUAAAAAUGUUUAAAUUGGCAGAAUUGUUUUGUUGAUUUCUUUUAUACUGUUGAAACGUUUAAAUUUAAAUAAUGUAUUAAAAAUAUAAAUAUAUGAAAUGUUGAAAGGUCGAAAUAUUUUAUGCUUGCUGCAUUGACUGGCCUAGAAUUUUUGAAUUGGUGUAUAUUUUGUUUUUCUAACACCAACAAGGGAAGAUGUGCUUUUGGAUGUAAAGGUGUUUUAAUUUAUUUGACAAGUUAUGAUGUGAUGUUGGUAGCUUUAAGUUUUGACAAGUUUUGAUGUGAUGUUGGUAGCUUUACUGUAUAUAUUGCACUCAUUUUUUUUUUUAAACUAUCGAGCCAAUUAGCAUUGACAGAAAAACUUGAGGAGAAAAUAUAAUCUUCUGUAAAUGGCUGUUAAAUAAAUGAAAAUUGAGAUUUGGAUAAAAAGAAUGUUCCGAUUUGUUUUAACCUAAAUGAUCUGACAAAAAAAAACCUAUAUACAUGUUUUUUAUAUAGGUAUGACAUUUGUAAACAUCCAUAAAUUUAAGUUUGGUCAUUUUUUAAACAUAUGCUAAGCAUUGUGUGAAGCCUAAGAAAUUUUUUUGUUUUGUUUCGUUUUUUACAAGCAGUUUUUCUUGACGAAGGAUACAGUUUAAAAAUUUUUAUACUACAGUAUUACUCACAAAAGCUUCCUAUUCAAAAUAUAAAGACUUUUAUGAAUUGAUAAAAUUCAAUAUAUUCUUUUUUCAAAUAAGCAUAUUUUGAGCCUGAUCAUGUGCUUAUUAUAAGCAUAUUCCAAUAAAUCUUUUUGCAAUUGAGCAUCACUUAAGCAUAUUUUGAGCCUGAAAAAGUACUUUUUA